GAGUUUCUGGAGUAACGGAUUUAACGGGACAGUCUCCACAUCCUCCCUCGCGUGAAGUAGGGAGGGAACCAGGCGGAGUUCCUCCGGGAUAGACGGGUAUCACAUAGCCCGCGACAACGCCCAUGAGUCGCACAAACAGCUUCAAUCUGUGUGCGUUGGGAAGCAGGCGUACGAACUCGGGGUUAAUCAUUUACAGUCAACUAAGUAGCCUAAUUUAGCACCCCAUCAAACCAGCUCGAGCAAAAGCCAUGGCUUCCUCUCCGUCUUCUCCGUCCAAAACUCCGACGCCGAAAUCACCGCCCUCCAGAAAGAAGGAUGACUCCUUCCUCGGAAAACUCGGGGGAACUUUGGCCAGACGGAAGAAAGCGAAAGAAGUCUCAGAGCUGCAGGAGGAGGGGAUGAAUGCCAUCAAUCUGCCGCUAAGUCCCACCCCCUUUGAGCUGGACCCAGAAGAUACCAUGCUGGAGGAGAAUGAGGUGCGCACCAUGGUGGACCCCAACUCCAGAAGCGACCCCAAACUGCAGGAACUCAUGAAGGUCCUCAUUGACUGGAUAAAUGAUGUGUUGGUGGGGGAGAGGAUCAUUGUGAAGGACCUGGCUGAGGACCUUUAUGAUGGACAGGUGCUCCAGAAGCUCUUCGAGAAGCUGGAGGGGGAGAAGCUGAAUGUGGCUGAAGUGACCCAGUCGGAGAUCGCUCAGAAGCAGAAGCUGCAGACGGUUCUGGAGAAGAUCAACGACACCCUCAAGCUCGCCUCACGCAACAUCAAGUGGACCAUCGACUCUGUCCACGCCAAAAGCAUUGUUGCCAUCCUGCACCUGUUGGUGGCGCUGUCUCAGCACUUCCGUGCCCCCAUCCGUCUGCCGGAGCACGUCUCCAUCCAGGUGGUUGUUGUCCAGAAACGAGAGGGGAUUUUACAGUCCAGACAGGUCCAGGAGGAGAUCACAGGGAACACAGAGGCGAUGUCAGGAAGGCAUGAGCGUGAUGCCUUUGACACACUGUUUGAUCACGCGCCAGACAAACUCAACGUGGUCAAGAAGACUCUGAUCACUUUUGUCAACAAGCACCUAAACAAGCUGAACCUGGAGGUGGCUGAGCUGGAGACACAGUUUGCUGAUGGUGUGUAUCUUGUGCUACUGAUGGGGCUUCUUGAGGGGUACUUCAUUCCCCUCUACAACUUCUUCCUGACGCCGGAGAACUUUGACCACAAGGUACACAACGUGUCCUUCUCUUUUGAGCUUAUGCAGGACGGUGGUCUGGAGAGGCCUAAACCCCGCCCAGAGGACAUUGUAAACUGUGAUCUCAAGUCUACUCUAAGGAUCCUCUACAACCUCUUCACCAAAUACCGAAGUGUGGAGUGAGCUGGACUCCUCACACACACUCAGAAACAUAUACAGACACACACACACACACACACACACAACACACACACACACACACACAAACAUACACACACGCACGCUUAGACGCUUCCCAGCAUCAAUCACCAGCCAGCACCUGUACACACACAUACACUAGCCUGUGCCUCACACACACACACACACACACACACACACACACACACACACACACACACAACACACACACACACACGUGUCUUUUAUGAAGGGCCAGUUGUGCAGCAUCAACACAUACACAGACUCAGUAUUAUUUAAAGCCGGCAUGUGAUCAUUAAAGUGAUCAUUUCUUUAAGUGAACAAACUUCUGACAAACUUCAUUUGAGUUUCAUUGAGUUUUUCUGUUUCACCACACAGCAGCUUGUUGUAGAGUCAGAUGGUUCACUGUGUCACUUUGUUGUAAUAAAUUAAUAUGAUCAUUCAUUUGUACUCUG